UGUGCUGUUGGAGAUAGAAUAGUAGCAACCGCACGGACGACGCCAGCUAAUCGUUUGACCUUCCGCCAUUCGUGGUUUGCAUUUUUCACUUUCGCGUUACUGGUGUAAUUGGAUUAUGACCGUGGCAGCGUCAUAAAUGUCUGCAUUGGUUUCUUUAUGUUUGCUGAAGAUUGAAUUAGUUGCCGGCCGCAGUCGUAGUCAGUCGACGAUCAUGUUAGGCAACUCGGAAUCCGGAUCUGCCUGUGAUGAUGGCGCAGCAAUGGGUGGUAGCGCAGUUGGCGAUGAAGCAGCUGGUGCGGUAUCGAACGAACAUCCCAACAAUCCACGUCUGCAGCGAGAGAUGCGGGGUCAAAGAAAGCCGAAGAAAAUUACCAUUGAAAGCUAUCGUAACCGGGCGCUGGAUGGUGGACCGGUACCGGUCGACGAGUAUCGUGGUAUACUGCCAAAAAGCUCCCGCGAACAAACACCGAUGGAUGAGGUACCCCCACCAUCGGCCACCGAGAUUCUGGGAGAGAUAAAUUUCUUUUCCGGCAAUCCAUUCGUUGAAGUCACCAAAGGCAUCCUUCAUCUGUUCAAGCGGAACGAACGGGCGGAUCUUUCGGAAGGUGGUGUUUCAAAAAUACUUUGUCUGAUUGCCGUACCGUCGUCGCUUAACUGCCACGAUAUACUCGACUUUAUCGCACCGUGCCAGAAGGAGAUCCAGCAUGUGCGCAUCCUGCGUGACGGUUCACCAAAUCAAUUUAUGGUACUGCUCGAGUUUCGUUGCGUUGAAGGUGCGAUCGAAUUUUACAAAACGUUCAACGGUGCACCGUAUAACACUCUGGAACCGGACACGCUCUGUCACGCAGUUUGGGUAUCGAGCGUCGAGUGGGGUUUAGAUGAUUGUUGCUUGACCCCGCAGGGACACACCGAGCUCCCGUCCUGUCCCGUUUGUCUUGAGCGUAUGGACGAAAGUGUGGACGGUGUGCUAACCAUCCUGUGCAAUCACGUGUUCCAUGCCGGUUGCUUAAACAAGUGGGGCGAUUCGACCUGUCCCGUGUGCCGUUGCGUCCAAACGCCGGAACUUUCCGAGCAGUCCGUUUGCAUGGAAUGCGAAGGCACAGAGGCACUGUGGAUCUGUCUUAUCUGCGGCCAUAUCGGAUGCGGUCGCUAUCAGGGUGGCCACGCCGCGUCCCACUAUCGGACGACUAAUCACACGUACGCAUUACAGCUCGGUACGAACCGUGUGUGGGAUUACGCCGGAGAUAAUUUUGUCCAUCGCUUGCUUCAAAGCAAAUCAGAUGGAAAGCUCGUCGCAACACAGUCGCCCGGUGGUGAUGAUGGGGAGGAGAAAAUUGACUCGAUGCAACUGGAAUUCACUUACCUGCUGACAUCGCAGCUGGAUGCGCAGCGCGAUUACUACGAGGAACGUUUGUCUCGGCUCGAAUCCAUUGUCAGUGGCGAACGACAGAAGCUGCAAGAAGAUAACGAGCAGGCGAAGAAAAAGACGGCCGAACUGGAAGUAAAACUGCAAGCACUCACGAAGGAGAAAUCCAGUCUGGAAAGGAAAAUCACUCAAAUAACAUCAAAAUUGAGCACCGUUUUAGGGGAGCUGGCCGAAGAAAAACAGUUUGGAAAAACGCUACAAGCGAACCAAAUUACGUGGCAGACCAAAUUUUCCACCCUCGAGAAACAAUGCACAGAAAAGGAGCAGGAAAUCGUCGAGUUAAAGGAGCAAGUGCGUGAUCUUAUGUUUUACAUGGAGGCACAGAACACAAUAGCCGGUUCGGAACUUAAAAGUGAACUCGUCGAUGGGACAGUGGUGCUUCCGGUCGAUGCCGUUGCAGCAGCCGCAUCCUCCAUAUCCGCUAAUGGUGCACUGUCCGUUGGUACUGGCGGUAAUGGGGCUGCUAAAGCCAAACGUCGGCAGAGACGAAAGUAA